UGCCUUUUAUAAAAUGUAAUAAUAAUGAUAACAACACUUACAAUUAAUAUAAUAUAAUUAAUAACUAUGGUAAGCAGGACUGGACUUUACGCUAGCAUAAUAAAAGAUAACUUCAAAGAUGGAAAUCAGAAAGAUGAUUCUAUUGAUAUUACUGGAAUAUCGUGCAAUCAAGCACCAAUUGUACUCAAACCUUUGGCCUCGUUGUACAAUCCGUAUCCAUAUGGAUGUUCAGUGUUGUGCAAUCAUCCCUUGGAUAGCGAAAUUAAAGAUCUCGUCAAAAAAGCUAAAGAUGCUUUGGUGAUGGACCCAAGAUCCCCACAUCGGUAUCCUGACGUGGAUGAAAUCAAUAUUAUCGUGCCAGAAGAAUUAUUUAGGAAGUAUACGGAAACAGAUUCUAGAGCAACCAGUCCUAUGCCCAUAAUCGCACAAAAAAAACCACUAAUUGAAGAAAAUACAGACAAAUCUCGACUUGUAUUAGAUUUGAAUCGAAGUAGAAGUCAACAGUCAUCGAUUAAAUUUUCGGGUAUUGUGGGCCAAGAUUUUUGCGAUACGUUAUCAUUAUGUCAUGGGUCGGUACUUCAUGUACCGGAAUUUUCUCGUCCAAAUUACAGAACUAGUAUUUCAAGACGAAAAAUGGAAACCAAAAAAGAAACAUUCAAAAAACGUUCUAGGCAUAAAAUUAACAUUACAGAAAAACAAGCUGAUAAUAUCGCUGAUAAUUUGCGUCAUUUAUACUUACCUGGGUCUUAUGAAAUACAAAAAGAUAACGAAGGGUCUAAAGAAGUUACUUGGAGAAGAGGAAAACCUAUAAAACCAGGGAAAAAAAGCAAAAAAAAAUCGGAAAAAAAGAAAUCAGCACAUCAGAAUAAAGAAUUUAAAGGCCCUCAAGAACCAUUAGAAACUCAAGUUUCUACAAUGAAUCCAAACUCAUUGAGUGGUAGCAUGGUAGGAGAAAAUUAUCUGCAAGAUAUUGAAGAACCUACUAAUAAAGAACCAAUAGCGAAGUCAUUUAUAGAAUUAGAUAUUUUAAAAGAACUUCAGAGGGAAUUGCACUUCCUUGACGUUGAAAAUGAAUUUGAUUUCAAGAAACACAUGGCAUUACAAGAAGCAUAUAAAAUGAAACCAAUAUUAAUGAAUCAUGAAGUAAACAAUGAAUUGGAAGCUCUUAAGUGUAAAUUAGGAGUAGCUACAGAAAUAAUUUUACCAGGUUUGCCAAGAACAUUUUCCAGAAAGAAUAUAAGAUUUGAAUUACCGUUAGACAAAAAAAGUUUAAAAGAUAUGACACCAUUACAAUAUUUGAGUAGUAAUAUAAGUAUCAUCGGUAGCUGUCAAAUUAUAUACUCAAGAGUUUUCGAAAAAUAUGUAGAUUCGGAGACGAGAAAAAUUCCAGAAAAUAAGCUCCUAAUUGGAUUAGGUGAAGUGAUGGGUAGACCAUUUUCGAGCCAAGAAGCUAUAGACUUUCAACUUUUGAUUGGAUGGUCAAGUAAUCAAUAUUUAACAUUCCGAGAAUGGUGUGGUUUAUGUGGUGCUGCAGAGCGACUCAUGGGACAUCGUUUUGUUCCACAACCGUUGAGUAAAGUCCAAGAUCCUUGUAACGAAGUAGAAAACGCAGAUUUUACAUUAUUAGAUAGGUGGCUGCAAGAUUUGUCACCAAAUAAUUUGCUAUAUAAAUUAUUGACUCUCAUAAAAAACAUAUGAGUGUUUUAAUUUUGUUUUUUUUUUUUUUUUA